CGUUCCACUGGUUUUAACGUCAUCGGGCCCCAACAAUAGAUGGCGCUAUAAUAAAAAUUUCCAGUCGCCUGCGUAAAACAGAGAUCGAGCGAAAAUCGCCAACUUCAGCUUCGUUGAAGCGAUGUCAGAGGCUCUGUAAAGUGUAACAUUCACUGGCAUUCCCAUUUACGCGGUGAUCGCAGCUUACAUUUUUACGUACGAGAUCCGCGAGAUUCGGGUCAGCUUGGGGAGAAAAAACGGGCUCGCGAUCGUGACUCACUUCCGCUGUCUACGUCACCGUUGGCGAAAAUAAGGUUCGUUUGCCCGCUCGCUCGCUACGCGACAAAAACCUUGGUAGCAUCAUCGGGGUACCACCACCUGGACAUCCGCGCGUGACACAUUGUUGCUCAUUCCUUGUCGCUGACGUGCCUGUUGCUGGGAAGGAGCAUCCGACGAUGGCGUCUUACUCCGAGGAUCAGCUGGCCGAAUUCCAGGAGGCGUUUCAGUUGUUUGACAGCCGUGGGGAUGGAAAGAUUCAUGUGUCUCAAAUCGGCGAUGCGUUACGUGCUCUUGGUCAAAAUCCUACCGAAUCAGACGUGAAGAAGUUCACUCAUCAGCAUAAACCGGACGAGCGUAUUAGUUUUGAAGUAUUUUUACCGAUCUACCAGGCAAUCAGUAAGUCCCGUGCCUCCGAUACGGCGGAUGACUUUAUUGAAGGCCUGCGUCACUUUGACAAGGAUGGAAACGGUUUCAUAUCUUCUGCGGAGUUGCGACACCUCCUGACGACACUCGGUGAGAAACUCAGCGACGAGGAAGUGGAAACGUUACUGGCAGGUCACGAAGAUUCACAGGGUAAUAUCAACUACGAAGAUUUUGUCCGUCAAGUUAUGUGCGGAUAAGCUUAGCUACUUAAACGCACAUAAGAGAGUAUUAUUAUUAUUAUUAUUAUUAUCGUUUAUAUAUUUUGCCAUUUAUUCAUCGAAUCUGUUAAAGCGUUUUACUUUUCGAAAUAUCAUAUCAUAGCAUGUGUACCUAUGACAAUUUAUCUCGAGGGAACCCUAAUGUGAACAUACUAUUUUAUUACGUACUAUGAAAAAGGUUAGUCCCUUUUAUAUAAGAGUCUAAAUUAAUAGUUAAACAAUGGUAGAUAAAGAACAAUCUAGCGCAUUGUGCCUUGACGUAUACUCCGAUUUACGAGCAUUUAGUGAUAUCGAUAGUAAGACAUACACCUAUUGUACGAUCUUCAGCGAGAUAUCUGAAUUCCGCGGACAUUCCAAAUUUUUGUAAGAUAGACUCCGAGAAUUGAGAAUGUCUGGCCGCUCGAGAGCGAAGGCCGAGCAUUUGGUUUAUGCUGCCGACACUUAAUGGCCAUGUACUUUUCUCCUUUUUUUUUUAUCCUCAUCGAAUUCAAUAUAUCUUCUAUGUAGUUAAAAAAACGUAUGUUCGAGAAUCUUCCAUCUACUGAUAGAUGUCCUAAACAAAAGUAGGCAGAGAAUAUCCACUUUAUUUAUUUAUGCAUAUGAGCGUAUUUAUGUCUUCGAAAUGCGCAAGAAAAGAUUAUUGUACAUUGCAAUGAAUAAAAAAGAAAUUGCUCUAAGAAUUUGAUGUAAAACUUUGUCGAUGAUGCCUC